AUGCCCACAUUCCCAAAUCGCCGUCCUGGAGAUAAUAUCGGAGGGUACGUCCUAGGCCGUCAUCUGGGGGAGGGCAAUAGUGGUCAAGUUUUUGCCGUGAGAGAUAGCGACCCGGAUAAGAAAUAUGCUGCGAAGCUUCUUAACAAGGAUGCUUUGCUUGCCAAAAACUAUCCUACUCGGAGUAUUGAAAAAGAGAUUUUGGCUAUGAAAGAAAUCUCGGGAAUGGGUGGCAACUUUGUGAAAUUGAUUGAAUGUUUUCAAACAGAUUAUGAAAUUGUUCUUAUCAUGACACGCGCCGAUGGUGGUGAUGUUUUCGAAUGGAGGAGAUAUCAUAGGGUUCCAGACUACCGUGUCAUAAACAAUGUUGUGUUUCAAGUUGCUCAUGGGUUGGCCGUCUUGCACAAAAACGGAUAUAUUCAUCGAGAUAUCAAGCACGAUAAUGUUUUAUUCCUAACCAGAAGGCAACCAUCGAGCGUCAUUAUCGCGGACUUUGGUCUUACCACAAAGUAUAACAUCAGAAGACCAUAUGAUUCUGCCCAAGGCUUUUGUGGCAGCCUUGAUUAUAUUCCGCCAGAGGCUUGCAGAAGCAUGCCAUACGGUCCAUCCUUUGAUAUGUGGUCUCUGGGUAUCUUCACUAUGUCCUUCCUCACCAAUCGCUUCCCCUGGGAUCCUAGCUGUCACAAAGACCGUACUUUUCGUGACUACAUUGGAAGUUUGACUGAGGGCUGGAUUGAUCCGUACCUGGAUGCUGUUAAACUUAGAUCUGCAAAGGACUUCAUUUCCAAGUGCCUCAUCGUCAACCCUAAGAAGCGCAUGACCGCCAUUGAAGCAGUUCAUCAUCCUUUUCUUAAGGACGUACGCGAAGCGGCCGACUUUCCUGUCAUGUCAUUGAAGGAUGGAGAAAUAGGUGGUAAUAGCACCUUCCGGUCUGUCGUGUCUGCACUGGCAGAAAUUGGUCGGAGCAUCAUCACGAACUAG